AUGAUCCUCGGAGCAUUAGCACUGUUCCUCCUAUGGAGGCGACGAAAGAAGAACAGGAAAGCAGCCCUUGCCUCAAAGCACAUGGGCGACGAGAAAGACGACGACCCAACAAGACCCAUCGACGACCACGCAAACCACUCCCCUUCCGCCUAUCACGCCAUACCCAAAGGCACGACCGCAGCCCACUACGCCAACUCGUCACAGAACCCGCACGAAACCCCCGAAUGGAACGUCGAGAUGGAUGCUACAGAAGCUGAGCGUCAGAAACUCGCUAGUACUGCACCGGCAUAUGGAAGUACAACGCCUGGGCUGAGUCUGGGGAAUGGAGAAGGAGCGACGGAACUUGCUGGGUUGGCGAGGGUGCCGAGGAAACCUAUUGCGCCGGUGGAAAUUGAUGGCAAUGCUGUUAUACCGGAGGUGGGGGAUGCGUAUAUUCCGUAUAGGCCGGGGAGGGAGGGGAGCUAG